UGUGAUUCUGAGCCCUAUCUGGACUGUGUUGAGGAGCUCUACUAUACCGCGAGAUCUAAUCUGGACUUGCAUUUGGAGUAUGGCCAUGAUUCACCAAGUCUGCUUGGAGGAAACAAGAGUCUUCUGAAGUCUGUCGAGGAGGAGCUUCAGCAGAGGGGCCAUGUUGCACACUUAGGGGAUGAUGAGGAUGAUGAUGGUGCAGAUGAUGAUGAUGAAACUCAGACUCACAAAUCCAGCACUAUUAAGAGGCCAAAGGAGCCCCCUCCCCUCCCUCCAAAGCCAAAGUCUAUCAGCUCCUCCCAGCAGCCCCCUCAGCAGAAAAAUGACGAGAGCCAAUUACACCACGAGGACGACGCAGGAGGAGGGGGAACCAUCAAGCGCUGCCCGAGCUCAGAGGCUCCGAGCCCCGCCAAGCCGUCCUCCAGCGUCCCCCCACGGCCUCCGCCCCCGAAGCUGCCGCCCCACCGCCGCAGCAGCCUAGGUAACGACAGCCCGAAGCGAAAAGACGUGGGAAACUCUACCCCAGAGGAGGAUGAUGAUGGGAGCUUUAGGCAUUUCUGGGAAUGGCUCCACACGCCUCACACAGAGGAGGAGCUGGAGGAGGCUUGGGAGGUGCUGAAGGAGGUGAAAGAGGAGCAGGAAAAGGAAGAGAGUAAUGGACUUAACUCUCCUCACAAUGGAGAGAGGGAAAGUGCAGGAGAGAGGCAGUCCACCAUGCCUCCUAGUGUCCCUGUACGGAAAGACAAGAAGGAUGUUCCGAAGCCUAUCAGUAACGGUCUUCCUCCAACACCUAAAGUUCAUAUGGGAGCCUGUUUCUCCAAGGUGUUUAACGGCUGUCCGCUGAAGAUCCACUGUGCCACGUCGUGGAUCAACCCUGACACUAGAGAUCAGUAUUUAAUAUUCGGAGCUGAGGAGGGAAUCUACACUUUAAACCUUAAUGAGCUUCAUGAGACGACGAUGGAGCAGCUCUUCCCUCGGAGGUGUACGUGGUUGUAUGUCAUGAACAGCUGUCUCCUUUCUAUAUCUGGAAAAGCCUCCCAGCUGUACUCCCACAGUCUGUCUGGGCUCUUUGAGCAGGCUAGACAGUUACAGAAGUUACCGGUAUCCAUUCCCACACACAAACUGCCUGAUAAGAUCAUCCCAAGGAAGUUUGCUGUCUCCAAUAAAAUCCCAGACACUAAAGGAUGCCAAAAGUGCUGCGUAGUCCGUAACCCGUACACCGGCCAUAAAUACCUGUGUGGGGCCUUCCAGUCCAGUGUCAUGCUGCUGGAGUGGGUGGAGUCCAUGCAGAGGUUCAUGCUCAUCAAGAACAUUGACUUCCCGCUGCCCUGUCCGUUGGAAGUCUUCGAGAUGUUGGUGGUGCCAGAGCAAACCUAUCCUCUGAUCUGCGUGGCGGUCAGCAAAGGAACCGAACUCAACCAGGUGGUUCGAUUCGGCACCGUCGACCCCAAUGCUACCUCCUCCUGGUUUACAGAAGCAGACAUGCCGCAGACGUGUGUGAUCCACGUCACACAGCUGGAGCGAGACACUAUUCUAGUCUGCCUAGACAGAUGUAUAAAAAUAGUGAACCUGCAGGGCCGGCUAAAAUCCAGCCGGAAGCUAUCGGCUGAACUCACCUUUAACUUCCAGAUCGAAGCGAUAGUUUGUCUUCAGGACAGUGUACUGGCCUUCUGGAGACAUGGCAUGCAGGGUCGGAGCUUUAAGACCAACGAGAUCACACAAGAAAUCUGCGACAACACACGCAUCUUCAGACUACUGGGAUCUGACAGACGUGCUGAUUGUAGAGACCCAGAGUCUGAGGACAGAGACCUCGCUCUGCGCAGGGUGGUCGUGUUGGAGAGCCGGCCGACGGACAACCCCACAGCUCAAAGCAACCUCUACAUCCUGGCGGGCCACGAAAACAGCUACUGAGUCCCACCUGAACACUAACACAGACAAGGGAGCAUCAAAACCAAGUGGUAGUCGCAUUCAUCCCAGCACCGCAGCUAAACCCUAACCCCGCCUCGGCCUCCUGAUAAUGAGACCGCGUUGUCAAAGCAGAUGUGGGUUUUGCAGCCUUUUAAAAUGCACCAGUGUGUUGUAUGGGAAAGGGGGGGGGUGGGUCUACUGUGUGCCCAUGCAAUGAGUCUAAAGAACUGGUCUGAAAGCAGUGAGAGUUCUCCAUCCAACCUUUCCCUACAGUUGACUCCUGGCGUAUAAAAGCAUCCAGAUACACACCAACGCUAUGCUAGUUGUUAUACUACUGCUGUUUGUGCUGAAGCUUCAUAGAAGGGCCUCCGUGCCCCAGAAAAACCCCCUUCCCAUCUGUCCUUUGACCUAGUUUUCUGUCUCCCCGCCUUUUUUUUUUUUUAACUGUCCCUUUAUUUAUUGUGGCAUGACGUAACGUAAUUAACCAGGAUUGGCUUUCUUUGUUUGCCGUAAAAUGUUUUUUUUUUUUAUGAGAAACAAAGGAAGAUGUGCCACUUUGGCUUAGAUUUAAUCCCAGUUCCCCAACACUACACCACACAAGUGCUUAUUAAACCUUUAUUUAAUUUUUGUAAAUACAUUUUUUUUUUUUAUCGUUGACAAAGAUGAACACUAGUAAAAAAAGAAGGUCUGGUUGUGUGUAUAGAUGUGUGAAUAGCUGCUCUGUGGAACUGGAGACUCAAAGAGGUCAUGAUGUUCGGGUCUCCUUGGUGCGGCUUUAGUGAUCAGACUUUCCCCUUAAAAAAAAAAAGGUUUGCUCUAUCAGAUCCUGACAAAUGAAAAUGGGUUGCAAUGGUUUUAGCUCGUUCUCCUGCAGCAUGCAUCGCCAUUUCCUGCCCCGUCACCCAGAGUCCUGUUCUUAUACGUUUCAGCACCACUCCCUUCAACUUUUCUUUUAAACGCUGUUUUAUUCUAAAUUGUUUGUCUUUUUUGAUGUUUUUUUUUUUUUUUUAUCUCUGUUGAACCACUGGUAUCUAAAAUUUGCACAAGAAAAACGUCUUUCAUAAACAAAUGUGACGUCGUAUUGGUAUGUAACCAUGUGUGUGUGAGACGUGUGCUUGGAGACGGCAGGUCACGCCUAAGAGCUCACCGGCUGUCUUUAUCUGGCUGAGGUAACUUUGGAAGAGCAGCAAUAAAAGAGCAACAUAACAGAUUCAGAAUGGGAUUUAGGUAGAAAAAUGUCACUGGUUUCUUGCGACGGAAGCCUAAAAAAAUAGCGUCCUUUUUUGCCAAUCAAACAACUUACUGAUCCUUUUUCCAUCCUGUUCUAUUCAGACGCAUUGAUCUUUCUAAAGAAAAUAUCCAUGGCUGAAGUCUGCCGCAGUUAAAAAGUAAUUAUGUUUAGAGACGCCAAUUAAUACAUUUAAAUUAACUGGAUGUACCGCAUAAAAUCAAUGUGAAUUCUCCUUUAGGCAUAGAUAAUCCUAAUUAAUGUAUGUGGGUUAAAAAUAUAUAUCUUUCAACUUCAAAACCACAAAAAAUGAAUGUUUAUCUUAAUUUUUCUGCUUUUUUAUUGAGAAAAAAUCUUUAAAAAAUCUCUCUGCUGCACACGGAUGGUCAGCUGCCUGGAAAAGGUCUUUUAACGGUUCCCUCACUUAGAAAUAAACAUUUGUUUGUUGGUUUAAAAAAAAACAUUUGCCGUGAUGCAAAUCUAAAGGAGUGCUUUAGUUUGCUAAACCCCCAAUCCAACGCAUCCUGAUAAAAUGUAGAAACCUUUCCUCUGUCAAAAUGAAAACAUUUUUCACAAAAAGCACUUGAUAAAGAGAUUGAUCUGCUGUCUAUGCUGUAUUUGAUUAUAUAAAGAUUAUCUAACUAAUAAUAUUUAUUAGCAGCGGUAGGAUUUGUGGCUUGGUUUUGAAUGUGAACGUUUAGAUCAUGAUUGGUGGUUUUAAAUGUUUGAAACCGUUCAACAGCACAGCUUAGGAAAGUCUGACCGAUUGAAUCUCGAAAGAUGAUUUCUGUCCUAUUAG